GUGACCGCCACCUGAGAUGUCCAGGGACUGUCUCCAUAUGUGGGCUGUGUGAGACCUGGGUCCGUCUUCCUGGUUGUGCAGCGUGGCUGACCGCCCACCUUAGCAUUGCUGUGGGGGCUGUUGGCCGGUGUCUGUAGCGAGAUGGCCCACGUCUUCGUGUAUGGCACCCUGAAGCGAGGCCAGCCCAACCACAAAGUCAUGCUGGACCGUUCACAUGGCUCAGCAGUCUUCCGAGGCCGGGGCUGCACGGUCGAGUCCUUCCCCCUGGUGAUUGCGGGUGAGCACAACAUACCUUGGCUGCUGAACCUGCCAGGCAAGGGCCGCUGUGUGGCAGGCGAGAUCUACGAGGUGGAUGAGAAGAUGCUGGGCUUCCUGGACGACUUCGAAGGCUGCCCUAGCAUGUACCAGCGCACAGCCCUGCAGAUACAAACAGCACUUAAAAUAAUGUUCAGCAGACACGAAGCACCAAUUACCACCCACCUCCAUCUGAUAAUCCGUCAGCAUAGAUGCAAGUUGCACGUGAGUCGGCUUCUGCCUCCCAGUGAAGUAGAAAAUGGAUUCCAAGAAUUGCAGAACCAAAUGCAGCUGCUAGCUGAGCACGCUGGCACUCCGUUAGGAGCACUCACCCCUCCGUGUGACGGGGACUGAUCGCUAACUGCAGCUGGCACAGAAACGUGACUUAUUUUUAGCCCCUUUUCUUUACUGGAAACUUGCUUUACAAAAUAGAGGGGUAAAUAUGGGUGUCAGCGGAGGGGCUGGCAGCCCUGCACACAACAGUGAAGGUGAGGCGUCCUAGCCAUAGGGAGAGAGACCUGGACUCCUCAGUCAUCCAUGCGACCUUGUGUAGACCCACACAGAACGGAGUUUCUAGAAUCUUCAUGUGUGCUACCUGGUCUGAGAAAGUCAAGUUAGGAAUCAUGAGCCCCAGGAGUCCGUCCUGAAUGAUGGAAGAAGGAGUCAGAUUAUAAAGUGGCAAAAGCUAAUAAAGUUGGAAGCAGAGAACUGGAAUUUAUAUAGAUUUUUAAAGGAUCACAAUGAAAUACUGGUAUUUACAG